AUGGCGGCGCUGCAGCGCUACCUGCCGUCAAACAGGGACGAUGAUGGGGACACGGCGGCGGGGGAUGCCGCCGACGAGUUCGACGUCCCGGCGGAUGCCUUCUCGUUCACGGUGACCCAUUUCAAAGAAGGUUAUGAAAUACAAACUGACGAUGAGGGCCACGCGAAAGGGCUAAUUGCCGAAAAGGAAGAGGGCCGACGAGUGGCCUUAAAACCGAGUUUGAGGUGGGCGAAGAAUUGUGCUUAUACUAAGCCGACCCGAACUUCGUGUCAGUCCGAAUUCGGGAGAAAAUUAAGCGGGUGGAGGAGAUGCGCCAAUUUGAAUGUGAAAUUGUCGAACAAUGGCUUCUGGGGCAGAAAGAUUGAGUUUUUAUGGUAG